GGAGGCUAGCACCAUUCAGAAUCUUCUAAAAAUUUAUAACCAUCCUCUCCAUUUUCCAACCAAAACUAUUCCCUCAUACUUAAUUGAAACAUCUCCUUCUCCUCCACCCGCAUACACCGACCACCUCCUCCACUUGAUCGGACCUUCUCCUCCACCAUACCAACCAAACACUCCUCUUUCUUCUCUUUAUUUCA